AAGAUACUCACUCACUCACAUAAACACCUAAAGAAGAAAAACAUCAGUCUGAAAAAAUGGCACAGGCUACGAUGCAGUCUUCUAUGGUAGGAGAGCUUGAGGUAGAUGUUGAAAUCAAAACCCCCGCCCACAAGUACUACCACAUGCUCACCGGAAGACCACAGGAUCUUCCGAAAGUCACUCCUGACAACAUCAAGAGAUGUGAUGUGCUCGAGGGAGAGCCUGGAGAAGUUGGAAGUAUCCUAUUCUUCAACUAUGUCGUUGAUGGACAGCCAAAGGUGGCUAAGAAGAGGAUUGAGGCACUGGAGCCGGAGAAGAAUCUGAUGGUGGCUAGGAUAAUUGACGGAGAUCUAAUGCAAGAGUUCAAGAGCUUCUUGAUCACUGUCCAGGCGACCCCAAUGCAAAGAGGACCUGGAAGUGUGGUUAAGUGUCAGAUGAAGUAUGAGAGGAUUGACGAGAAGGUGGCUGACCCAGAGAAUCUACUUGCGGCUUUUGUCAAAGCAUCCAAAGACAUGGACAAAAUGCUUUCUUCUGAAGUCUAAGAGGAUUCUUUGGAUAUCUGUUUAUCCAUCCAUCUAUCUAUGAUCUAUUAUCUGUCCGUCCAUCUAUUUAUCUAUUGUGUCUGGGUGUUUCGCUUGUACUUAUCAAUAAUGUGCUCUCUCUAAGACUGAAGAGAUCUAAAUAUGUAAGUUUGUAAUAAUUAUACACGAUGUCUAGCGUGUUACGUCCGUUUGAAGUUGUGAAAGUUGUAAACCGAAUAAGUUGUGUGAUGCAACGUGUUCUCUUCCCAGAUCUUAAAUUAAGUCCCACAAUUCCUCUC